AUGGUUAAAUCAUAUUUAAAAUACGAGUAUUCCAAGUCCUUCGGUAUCGUCGCCUCGAGCACCUCGAACAUUGUCUGGACCCCGAACCAAAGAGCGGGAACCGGAGCUGGUCAGGCUCUCGUUGCUGCGAACGAGCAGGUACUAUGUUGGGACAUCAAGAAGGGUGAACUCGUCAGCCGUUGGAGGGACGACCGAUGUUCCGCUCCCGUGACCGCUAUUGCGAGGAGUAAGGCCGACCCCGACAUCUUUGCCGUCGGAUACGAAGAUGGCAGCAUUCGCCUCUGGGACAGCAAGAUUGCCGCCACCAUCGUCAGCUUCAAUGGCCACCGCUCCGCCGUUACCGUCCUCACCUUCGACAAAUCCGGCGCCCGCCUAGCGAGCGGUUCCAAGGAUACCGACAUCAUCAUAUGGGAUCUCGUCGCCGAGGUUGGUCAGGUAAAGCUGCGCGGGCACAAGGACCAGGUUACUGGUGUGCGCUUUGUCGAGCCUGAUCCUGUUGUUCGCGACGAUGAGGACCCAGAAGCGAUGGUGGUGGAUACCGAGACCGAGGCUGAAGGCUUUCUCCUCACUACCGGAAAGGACUCCCUGAUUAAACUGUGGGACUUGUCGUCAAGGCAUUGCAUCGAGACUCACAUUGCGCAAUCAAACGGAGAGUGCUGGGCCUUGGGCCUUUCUCCCGACUACAGCGGCUGCGUCACGGCUGGUAACGGAGGUGAGCUCAAGGUCUGGUCUCUAGAUACGUUAUCCCUAGCCGCGUCUGCCCAGCGAGUCGACUUGACGCAGCCCACAAAGUUUCUCCAGGACCGCGGCACACUCACCCGGAAAUCCAACGACCGAGCCACCGAAAUUGUCUUCCAUCCCCGCCGCGACUACUUCGCCGUCCACGGUCCCGAAAAGGCCGUCGAAAUUUGGCGGAUAAGGUCCGAGAACGAAAUCAAAAAGGUGUUAGCCCGUAAGCGCAGAAGGAGGAGGGAGAAGCUGGAUAAGAAGGCCAACGGCGAUGCGGACGUUGAGGGUGCCGAGGACGCCGAGGAUAUAUCUAGCGCAACCGUAGCGGACGUUUUCGUACACUACGUGACUGUUCGCACGAGUGGAAAGGUUCGUUCGGUGGACUGGGCCGUCAACACUGGUGUCAAGGACCUCCAAGUGCUCAUCGGCACGACCAAUAACCAGGUCGAGCUUUACAACAUUCCGCCCAAGGAUAAAUCAUCCAAGUCGAAAGAUGAGGUUCCCGACUACACGAGGUCACUGGCAGUCGAGCUCCCGGGUCACAGGGCCGACGUUCGGGCCUUGUCGUUGAGCUCUGAUGACAAAAUGCUAGCGUCGGCAGCUAACGGAAGCCUAAAGAUCUGGAAUAUCAAAACGCAGAUGUGUAUUCGCACAUUUGAGUGUGGCUACGCCUUGUGCUGUGCUUUUCUCCCCGGAGACAAGGUUGUCGUUGUGGGAACCAAAGCUGGUGAGCUGCAACUAUUCGAUGUCGCCUCGGCGAGCCUGUUGGAUAGUGUCACGGCCCAUGACGGAGCCGUCUGGUCGCUCCAGGUCCACCCCGAUGGUCGGUCGAUGGCAUCCGGCAGCGCUGAUAAGACGGUCAAGUUCUGGAACUUCCAGAUCGUCCAAGAGACCAUUUUGGGCACCAGCCGCACGACGCCGCGACUGAAACUCGCCCAGUCAAAGAUUCUCAAACUCUCGGAUGAUGUUUUGAGCAUUAGGUUCUCACCGGAUGCUCGGCUCAUUGCUGUGGCCCUUCUCGAUAACACUGUGAAGGUCUUCUUUGUCGACACGCUUAAACUAUACCUCAACCUCUAUGGCCAUAAACUUCCUGUUCUAAGUAUGGAUAUUUCAUACGAUAGUAAGUUGAUAGUGACGAGUUCAGCCGACAAGAACAUCAGGAUAUGGGGAUUAGACUUUGGUGAUUGCCACAAGGCCUUGUUUGGACAUCAGGACAGUAUCCUCCAAGUUGCGUUUGUGCCGCAUAACUCGGACGGCAAUGGGCACCAUUUCUUCAGCAGCAGCAAGGACCGUACCAUAAAAUACUGGGACGGCGACAAGUUUGAGCAGAUUCAAAGGCUAGACGGCCACCACGGCGAGGUGUGGGCGCUGGCGGUGGGCCACAGCGGCACGUUCCUGGUCAGCGCCGGCCACGACAAGGGCAUGAUUGUCUGGGACGAGACGGAAGAGCAGAUCUUCCUGGAGGAAGAGAGGGAGAAGGAAAUAGAAGAACUCUACGAGAGCACGCUCACGGCUUCGCUGGAAAAGGACGACGACGCCCAGGACCAGCAGGCCGAGACGGCGGCGGCCGGCAAGCAGACCGUCGAAACGCUAAUGGCAGGAGAGCGAAUCGUCGAGGCCCUCGAGAUGGGCAUGGCGGAUCUCAACCUGCUCAAGGAGUGGGAAGACGAAAAGCAGACGAACCCCAAGGCGCCCGCGCCCCAGCGAAACAUUGUAUACAUGGCGCUGGGCAACAUCAGCGCCGAGGCCCACGUCAUGAGCGUUCUCCAGAAGAUUAAAGCGGCGGCACUCCAUGACGCACUCCUCGUCCUUCCUUUCUCUAUGGUCCCCGCCCUCUUUACCUUUAUCAACAUUUUCGCCAUGCGAUCUAUGAACAUCCCCCUUACUUGCCGCAUCCUCUUCUUCAUGCUCAAAACUCACCAUCGCCAGAUCGUCGCGAACCGCACCAUGAGGACCAUGCUCGAGGGCAUCCGUGCAAAUCUUAGGGCGGCGCUGAAGCGGAACAAGGAUGAGAUGGGUUACAAUGUGGCGGCGCUCAAGAUUAUGGGUAUGCAGAUACAGGAGAAUAGUGUUAAGGAGUACGUGGAUGAGAACUGGGAUGCUGGGGAGGAGAAUAUCCCCGCCAUGGGAUCUCUCAAGCUCAUCGAUGAGGUCACGGUGGAGCUCAAGAAUGAUAUCCAGAUCAGGGGUACUCUGAAGAGCGUGGAUCAGUAUCUGAAUAUCAAGCUUGAUGAUAUUUCGGUGGUGAAUGAGCUGUUGUAUCCUCACCUGAGCUCUGUGAAGAACGUCUUCAUCCGUGGCUCUGUCGUCAGAUACGUCCACCUCCCUCCCAACGCCGUCGAUAUUCCCCUUCUAGAAGAUGCUACAAGGAGAGAGGCUGCUGCGCAGCAAGCAAAAGCAAAAUGA